AGGCCAUUCAGGUUCAUUUUCGCCUUCGCCACUCAAUCACAAAGAAGAAAGUAUUUCGAUGACCAAAGCGAAAGCUUGUCCCGCCGAGGAUUUCUACUUGUUUCAUUUUCAUCUUCGCAACGAAAACGUAAACGAACCAACUACACUGCAGCACCACACUAAAUUGCUUGUAAGAACAUGCAUUGCCAAGCGCGUCUAGUUCCUCUUCCUGGCUAAUUUAUUAAUAUAAUGCCAAAUUAUUACUACGACCACGACUUCGAGUAUAAGUCUAAGUGCCUCCGCGUCGGGGAAGAUCUUCAUACCACAGAAGAGGAACCACCACAGAAGCUGCCGGCGUCCGGCGUAAAGAAUAAAGUAGAAGGGUUUCAAAAUACUAAUACCAGAACCCGCCGGUCCAGGAGCUCGCCCGCGCGUUGCUUCAAUCCAAAUGACCCAUUCGAUAAGCUUUUGUUCUUCGACGACGAUUUGCACUUGCUGUUUGAUCCGGCUGCCGUAGAUGCGGAGAACAGGGAAAGCUUACUAACCAACGACACGGUCGAGGAUUAUGUGAGCUCGCCCGCGCGGGCGCAUUCGCUUCCCUUGUCCACCUUCAAUCCAAACAAUCCAUUCGACAAGCUUCUGUUCGACGAGGACUUCUGUGACAUUGCAGCACUACAUAAGAAAAAUCGUGACAGCCUUCGUUUCCCCUGGUCGCCGAGUAGUAAUCCAAUUCCGCGGCGCGAUGAAUCAUCUCCGUUCAACCCAAACAACCCAUGCCAUGCGCUUGGUAUUGAUGCGGAAAUGAUGGCUCCAUUGGAACAAUUUGAAGUACCACUUUCAAGAGGAGAACACGAACAAGAUGCCGAACAAGCCCUGACGCCUGGCUCAUCGCAAUUCUCUUAUCCAGAAAUGAAUUUUUCACGCACCAGCACAGAAGACGUUGGCGUCGUCCAAGAGGAGCGGGAGUCAGAUCACAGUUGUGAACGCAACCCGAGUGCAACAAGCCGCGUUAACAAGAACAACAACAUGUUGAACAAUGUGACUACUGAGCAGGAUGAAUCUUCCGAAACCAUAGCUCACAAGGAUCAGGAUAAAUAUGUUAAUGAAACGUCUGCGUGUUCGACGCAGACCCAGACGCCAACUCAGCACCAAGAAAUAAACCAAUCGAGCGACGUAAAUGUCAAUGUGACACCACGACGAGUCGACGAAGCGGUGCCGGACCCGGAGCAAGCCCAAGUGGUACAAGAUGACGAAAAAUUAUCCCCACAAAGCGAGCUGCCCACUUUACCAAGCGUUUUACUUGACUACAAGGCGAGCCAUCCAGAGAACAAGCUGCCUUUACCCGCUUUGACGAACGUACGCAAAAUUCUGGAGCGGCUGCAUGGGAACCCGCAACAGGAGGCGCUGCACCGGAUGCGGCGCGAUGUUUUGAUCCGCGUUUGCCACGGUGAACAAGCACUUCAACAGGCCCUCUCUGUGUUCGAAUUCUGCGACUUCGAAUUCGUAAAGCCCGACGCCACGUCGCCACAGUUGCUCAGUGGUCCUCGCAACGGCGCUGGUCAAAACACCUCGGAAAAAAUGCAGAUAUUGGAGUGGAAAGGCGCGGAGGCCGUUUUGUCUGAAACAAGGCAGAAAGACGCUCUUCUGGCGCCACUGACAACGGUCUUGUUGGAUGAACGGGUGGGCGCAGAUUUUCAAAUGCAGAAGAAAAAAGCCGUGGAGUGCCUGGAAAAAAUACAGCUCGUAAUCCAGCGAAUCCGACUGUUGGAGCUCCAGGCGCGCGACCCCGAUUCCCUCAGCUUCAAUGAAGUGAUCGAUGCAGUGCGCGGGAACGUGGAAUUGCCGGGGAUAGCCAAGAUAGAAGAGGACAACGACGACUCGGAGACUGUGGCAGCGCCUACGGAGAGUGCCUUCAGGACCGGUAGACCUAAAAAACCGUGGGAGGUGUAGCGUUGUAUCUAUGUAUCUAUACCUGCUCGUCAGGACGAGCAGAAGAUCUUGUCCUUCGUGCUGUAUAUAGUAAUAUGAGUAAUUCUCAGUUAAUGAGUUUCCAUUUGACUAAGAGGACCACGAGGCAGAUAAUUCUCGAUCUUGUCCAGGCGCGUAGUUGGAUUUAGUUGGACGACGAUCGAACAGAAGAUGACAAGGUAGGAAGAACGAACUCCACACGAAGAAGAGCAUGAUGAUGAUCAUGGACGAGCACAGAAAGUGCAGAGUACUAAAGGAAAGUGUAGAAGACCCAGAUCUACUGGAUGGUGGCUACGUACAUUGGUUCGAGUUUCCGACAUUUUUGACAUUUGGAGGUCGUCAAGAUUGAAGAGGAAAGUGUCUGAGC